AGGGACGUAAACUGAAGGCGCGCGCGAAACUCCAGUUGCUCCUCUCUCUUGGAUGUAUGUAUGCGUUUUCAACUGUAAACCGUUUUAAGUUCGUUAAAGGUUUAAUUUCCAGACGCGAAUAUCUCUAAAGCACAUUGCGGAGUUACUGUGCAGUGUUAAGGGUAAAUGUUUUAUCUCGUUUGACUUAAUUUGUGGUUAAAUACAGAAGUUCGUCGCCUCCAGCCUGGCUGAGCUUUAACUAAAAGCUAAAAAACUAGCGUUGCUUUUGUUUUUUUUUUAGCCGCCGUGUUUUGAUUCUGACCUGUGGACAACUUAAAAUAAACACGGUGCUGGGGUUGGAGCUGAGAGGAGGAGGAGAAGGAGGAGGAGGAUGACAACGCUGUUACAGCAGCAAGGAUACGAGGAGGAGAGGCUGCGGAGGGUCGCGGAGCAGCUGCCAUGCAGGGAGGUCCAGGCCGGGAUGCUGCUGUCUCUCAUGGGACAGCCACAGCACUACAGCUACCCCUCAAUCUUCAUCUACGGCCAUCGGGCCUCGGGGAAGAGUCAUGUGAUGAAUGUUUUGCUGAAGGAACUGGAGCUGCCUCACGCCACAGUCAGCUGUGUCGAAUGCGUUUCUGUCGCGUUGCUGUUCGAACAAGUGCUGCUGUCCUUGUUUGGCUGCGGCGCCGCCUCGCUGCUCCCCCGCAGUCCCUCCCUGUCUGACUUCGUUCGCGUCUACAGACAGCAGAGCUCCCAGGAUCCUGCCAAACAGACGCGAUACAUCGUAAUGGAAAAAGCAGAGCUUCUGAGGGACACCGAUGCCAAUCUCCUCCCCGCUCUCCUGCGUCUCCAAGAAUUGGUUGAGGACAACGUCACCGUCAUCCUGCUCAGCGAGAUCGUCUGGGACAAGUUCAGACCGAACACUGGCUGUUUCGAGCCGCUCCUGCUCCAUUUCCCCGACUACAGUAAAGGUGACCUGCAGGAGAUCUUAUCCCAGGACACACAUCCGUCAUAUUCAGCUGAGUUUUACUCCUCCUACAUCAACAUCCUGCUGGGAGUCUUUUAUUCAGUCUGUCGAGACCUCAGAGAGCUUCGCCACCUGGCUGCCCUCAACUUUUCAAAGUUCUGCGAGCCUUUGGCAGAAGCGAAAGUGAAAGAGACCGACACACACAAGCUGUGGAGAAACAUCGAGCCUCAUUUGAAGAAGGCCAUGCAGACAGUUUACCUCCGAGAAGUGUCCAGUCUUCAGUGGGAGCAGAUGCAGCAGAUGGAGGAGAAGGAGACCGGAGCAGUGAGAGGUUUAUCAGCUCACACUCAUGUCGAACUGCCGUAUUACUCCAAGUUCCUGUUGAUCGCUGCCUACCUGGCGUCCUACAACCCCGCCCGCACGGAUAAACGCUUCUUUCUGAAGCACCACGGUAAAAUAAAGAAAACGAACUUCUUGAAGAAAAACGAAAAGACAAGUAACCACCUUCUGGGGCCGAAGCCUUUCCCUCUGGACCGCCUGCUCGCCAUUUUCUACAGCGUGGUGGACAGCAGAGUCGUCCCCACCGCCAGCAUCUUCUCUCAGAUCUCCUCCCUGGUGACCUUACAGCUGUUGUCUCAGGUCAGUCACGACGACCAGCUCGAUGCCCCGAAGUACAAGUGCGCCGUUUCUCUGGAUUUCAUCAGCGCCAUAUCCAGGACGGUGAACUUUGAAAUUGUCAAGUAUCUGUACGACUUCCUGUGAGCCUGCAGAGCGUGACGGAGAGAUAACACACACAGAGACAAUGAGACAAAAGGGAGAUUCCCCUCCACGAGAAAACACACUUAAGGACGAACAUUUUUGCAGGAUGAGGAGCUUCAACUUCUAUGUGGAGGAGAUUUAAUCCAAUUAUGUCGCUGCCCCCUUGUGGUUGAUAAAUGUUUUCUGUUAAAUAUUUGUACAAAAUAAAUGUUGGUAACUGGAAUUUA